AUGGUGAACAAUACGAAAACUCCAAUCGAGAAUGUGGCUGAUGUUAAUGCGUAUAUAGCGAAGUUUUGGGAUGGUUACUUCAACUACACUGAUAAUCGCUAUCAAAACUAUGUUGAUUACUUGAAGAACAUCACGGCAAUGUCCGCAAGUCGCAGUUGGACAUAUCAAACAUGCAAUGAAUUUGGAUUUUUCCAGUCAACUGAUAUCGGUGAAAACAUGUUCGGUGGUCCGACCCCUGUGAAGUUCGUUUUCGAGAGUCAAAUUGCCCUGAUUGAUGUUCGUAGCAAAGGAAGCUGA